AUGGCGUUGCUAGAGGAGGCUAUGAAGGGUAAGAGACUGCAGCGGGACAUUCUACGCGACAGCCAUGCCAUGGCCCCACAUUUCAGCCCACUUUUGGCAUCCCUUUUAAAUAUCGACCUGCAUGGUGAGUCCCCUGAGGCGCACACACAUAAUACCUAUUGGAAGACGUUUCAGAGUUCAGUAUAAACAUUUCUCUUUCGGGGGAUUGAUUUCCAACUGCUGUCUACGUUGAGGAAACCUCAAACUCAGGCUCUUCAGUGGCCUCGUAAUAUGCCUACGUCUGGCGUGUAAUGCGUUUGUAUAUGGUGAUUCGGUGACAGCCACAGUAAUUACGCUUCAUACUUGCUUUGGAUAUUCAGUAAAAGACGAUAAACAAUUUGCAUAAGUAUAACACCAAGGCUUAAUAGUACAUACAAGUCGACAACUUGAAAUGGAUAGUGAGUAAAUACCCAAGCAAUAAGCAUAAGAUGCAUAAAUUAAGUAAGGCAUUUAUCAAGAACAUAAAAACAUCCUUGGUUGACACACGAUAUUACGCGCGACCCAUGGGCGUAAACGAAUGUUUUUUCCAUGAUUUAUAAGCCACUUUUGAUAAAUUAGCUACUUUAAAUGCCGAAGGAAGUACACUAAGUGGUGCUUUUGAGACAUAACUUUCGAUGCAAAUACGCUUCAUAAGGCUUCAAUCCAGAGGGGGCGCCGACUCCACACAGCUCCACAUAUGAUGGGGCCAUGGCUGGCAGGAAAGCUCUCCUCAAAGUUGGUUUGGUUACAUCCCCUAACGUGAAUGUUGUUACAUAUGAGCAACUACUGGUCCCGUGUGUCCAUUUUAGGAGAGCAAUGCAAAAGGGAAAAUUUAAUUGCUACGAAGAGCUGCUGUCUAGAGUAAGGGAUUGUGAGAAGGCAGGUAAGAAUAUUGUUAUCUUUUUCGGUAAUUUCAGGCAUCAGACACACACUUCAGGAUUUAUCUGGACCAUAAGCUACCAGAGAACUAUUUGCUGAAUUAAGAAUUUUAGAUAUUGCAGUAAGGACAUGUGCCAGUGAGUAGGCCUAUGGUGCUGAUGAACGGAUGGAUAACAGUAGGUAUUGACGGCAGUCGGUUAGCUGUGGCAUUAAGUAAGUAUUGUUUACUAUUGUUGUUCAUCAAGUUUAUUAGUUCUUUUCAUUUUUUCCCUUCGAUCUUUGUUUUUUAAUAAGUCUGUUUUAACUAACUAUUCAUGUCUCUGACUUUUGGUUUAUAGGUUGUAAAAAGUACGCACUCGUUAUAUUUUUCCGCAUGUUGUUUAUUUAGGUUUCCCCUACACGCUAACAAGCGCAAAUAUCAAACCGGGACUUCUUCGGAAAGCCAGUGUAGUACUCGAGCCACCCAAGGGUAUGAUCUUGUCUUCGUCUUUGUCUUCUUCUUCUUCUUCUUCUUCUUCUUCUUCUUCUUCUUCUUCUUCUUCUUCUAGAUGACAUUCCGUAUAGGCUUCCUUGGUGCUUCUGCCUGGUCGAGCGUCUCCUCGGCUGGAAUCCUGAAAACUAGCGCGAAUUGAUUUCAUCAUCCGCAGGUGCAAGCGUACGCCGAUAGAGUAGGUUGACGACGGAAAAUUUUAUUAAAAGAAAUACAUCAACCGGGGUAAUUAGUCCUGUUCCGUCUUCUUGCAGUCUUUCUCCUUACGGGAGGUCACUCGACUGGCCCCCUCACACUCUUCCUCGGCGGUCACUAAAAAGGUAUGUUCGGAACACAAAUCAGUCAGACGGUACAGGAAAAAACAUGGCAAGAACACAUUAAAACAACAAGGUCAGGACGUCCUUCUACACCUUGACAAUGCCUGUCAACUGGCAUUAACUAAAAAUUUAUUUAUUUAUUUAAGACGUCACCGUGCAAUCGCCGAUAUGAUAUUAUUGGUCCACCGGCCAGGAAUUUCGGGCCGACUUCAAAACUACAUCCAUAGACUUGAUAAAUGCCGCGCACAGGGUGAAUCGCGAUGGAUUGUGGACAUUAGUGAAGGCAUUCGGUUGUCCUGAACGAUCCACGCACGUGCUGCGUCAGCUCCACUAGGGGACGCUGAUGCGCGUCACGGACAACGAGACCAUUCCAAAAUCAUUCACAGUAUCCGGCAGAGUAGAGCAAGUUUGCGUACUAACCUCACUCCUCGUCAGCCCCAUGUUUCCUGCCAUGCUGGUGACGCUAACCAUGAUGAGUGCCCCAAAAUUCUCAUUAUUACAGGACCGAUGGAAAUCUUAUCAGCCGACGUAUGCGAGCCCCAACAUGUCUCUCCAUAACUGCGAUCGACAACCCGCUUUUGGCUGACGACCGCACAUUCGACCUAGUCGAAAUGCAACGGAGCAUGGAUCACCAAAUUCAGGCUGAACUUCAACACGUUUUCACUCUCUGAGGAAUCCGUUUUCUGAAACUCUAGUCCACUGGUCGCUCUUACAACCUGAAGUUAGCAAGAGUUGUAUUUGAACCAGCAAUAUCCCCACGUUCAUAAAUUUAUAACGAAAUUUCGACUGAAAGAACAAACCCUUUUCUGACCGCUUCCCUGCAAAAACCUCGUCAGAAUUCUCCAAAUCUGCAAACAGCUGUGUGGUUUGCUUUUGAUUUUAUGCGGUUUAUGUGGUUGAAAACUUCGCCUUAUACCAUUGAAUACCUUUCAUAUUCUUUUAAUCAAUAAUGGGAAUCGAGAAAACGCCUCUAGCGCAACGAGUCAAAAAAUCCACCACAGGCCGAGGCUGAGCCCUAGCGCCCGUACGAUACGCUUCGGACUCCUUCAAAAUGUUUCAGAAGUGGAGAAGAAGACUGAGAACCUAACAGUGGAGAUGGAGAAGUUGAGAGAUCUCCUUCACUAUUUGCCCAAAUAGAAGAUAUUUCUGACAUCCGAAAUUCAAAAAAAGAAGUAACGUACGCAAACACGGCUUUUUUAACUGUCAACGGAGUAAAAAGAAGACAGUGGACUAAGUAAGUUCGAUGUCAAUAAGAAUAGGCGUUAGAUGCGAGAAGAGGGUGAUCAGACGGGAUAUCCGGGGACAAAAAAUGUCCCGAGUACUUCGAAAAGACACACACGGUCAGAAAAGGGAAAAGAAGUUAGCUACGUUGCAGGCAAAAAUCAUACUGGCGAAGGUCGCCUAAUGAUCGAGAAACCGGACUUAACGCAGAACCUUGCGUUGGCUGUACCACUCAUAACCUAUCUCAGUCAGAAUAAGACGGCAACUAGGACAUCCAAAAUGAAGUCUUUGCAUGUGACAAUAGAAUACUGAACCCUCGCGUUGAUCGCAGCAAAUGCAUUGCAAUAAAGGUUAUGCGUAAGUUUGCUCCUGACAUCCCAAAGGACAGAAUACAUCAUGACAUGGACAUAUUCCAUCAAUCCAUAGGACCGUUUGGCGAGCAUAGAGCAUAGGCUUACUUUCUGUAAAUUCGCAUUGGGCCAGUACAUUUAUAUGGGAAGUAGGCAGAAAGUAGAACGCGUAAACGAUAAGCGACAUCGAUUGCGGUUAGUCUUUUCAUAUGAGCGGGAUGUGUGAAAGGGGGGAGGAGGCAGUAAGUGGCAGUGAGGGUUACACAGAGACGUGUCACAUGGUGAAGGGGAUGGGGACGAGGAGACACGCAUGCCGUUUAUUGCUUUCUAGCCACGGUAGACGCGGGGCGUGCAAAAGGUUCUUCUGCGCGCACAGGACCAGCCUCCUUGUCCUGAUGGCAGUCGCUUCAGCAGUUGCUAGUAGUUGCUGACUCAUGACGUUUCAUGAGUUAGUACACUUGCGGCACUAAUGCUCAAAGUUCCAUUUCGAAUAUCGACGAACUCAAGGCGUUAGUUUCAGAACGGAGCCCUGAUGUCUUUGCUAUAACGGCAGCAUGGCUCAAAGCCGAAAUCGCGGAUACGGAGAUUCCGAUGCAGGGCUACCAGCUCUUUCGCAGAGACUGUCAAAAUAGACAUGGUGGUGGGGUAUUCGUAUAUGUAUGAACAGGAUUUUCGGCCGUCGAACGAGCCCACACCUUCCCUCUUGAAUAUGAAUCCGUCUGUGUAAAGACAAAAAAGAGUAACGAACAAAAUCUGGAAUUCCUGAGAGCUGACAGACCACUAAAACCUUCCAAAAGCAGCUGGAGAGUCAAUUCCCCAUUUGGUCAAGGAAGUAGCCCGCUAUCAAGGGGUUCUUAUUACUAGAGAUCUCAACACACCCGCAAUAGACUGGGAAAAUCUGGCAGUCCACGGUGCGCCGACUUCCUUCAACAAUAAUGUAAGGGAUCUCACCCUCGGUCUCCAUCAGGCACAGCAAGUAAAGACACUAAGCUAGAUUCUGAGUGAACCAGAGAGCCAAUUUCUCGGAUCCAGUUUUCGCGAGACAAUUCCUUCAAACUGACGAAGUACAUUCUAGUGCACCCCUCUGUAAGGGUGAUCAAACUACGCUACCAUAGAAUUAUUUGCUAUUCUCUCAACGUCAAAAGAGAACGGAUAGCCAACAAAAUAUAGAAGGCAGAUUUUAAUGUUAUGAAGGACAAACUGAAACGGGACUGUUUGCACAAGGGUGAGCAGGAGGAUGAUUAGAAAUCGUUUAAGACGAUUUCGCCGGAUUUGAUUCGGCGCCGUUGUCAAGUGAGUAUACGAAAAAAUAGUAGUCGGCCUGUUUGUCUAACUAGAGACCUGAAUGGAGAUUUGAGGAGGCAAAGAAAACGGCAAGAUAUUCAGAAGAACUGGGUCACCAAAACACCUUAUGGAAUUUCUUCGUCAACAAAACGCAGUCAAAAGAUGCACCAGCCAGGCAAGAAAGGACAAUGAAUCCACAAUUAUCCGACAGACUGAGCCACAGCCGACGAUUUUAUUCUACUAUAUUAACAAUCGACUGGAAAACAAGGAUGAUAAUGGUGUCGGAGUCGUUUAAAAUCCCGAGAAAGGCAGGAACUUGGGACGGUUUACUGCUUCGGUAUUCAUAAGGGACACGGAAUUUCUGAAUCACACUGUCAGCAAUCCUGUUGCUACCGCCAUUGUCAUGCUUAAUUCUAUAUUCUUGCCGGCAUCUGUCAUGGAAACAGAGCUGCAGGAUCUCAAAGAAGCAAGGUCAACGGGCCUGGAAAAUAUAACGGCCAAGUUCUCAAGAGAAUUAGCGGACGAAUUUCCCAAACUGCAGCGCAUAUCUUCCAUCGUGAUUCGACCUAGGGAGACUGCCUUCUAAAGGGAAGACAACGAACAUCUACCCGAUAUACAAUGGUGAGGCUCGAAUAAACAGCAACAGUUGUCAGCCUGUCAGCCUCAUCUUAAUUUUCUGCAAAUUAAUGGAAACCAUACUUAAGGAAGCAACAGUAAAGCUCCUGGAGGAGAAUCAUUUACUCUCAGGGCUCCAAUACGUCUUCAGACAGUGCCGCUCAUGCCUUUCCAGUUUAUUCCUCUCGAAUGGGCAGUGGAAUCGCGCGCCGGACGAGGAUGGUAGGAUUGAUGUCAUCUACACGGAUUUCAAGAAGGCGUUUGACAGCGUCCCACAUGAACGCCUAAUCUAUAAACUACCCGAAAUUAGAAUAGAAGGAAAGCUGCUGAAAUGAUUCGAAGGUAUUCUUACAGGGAGAUCGUAAAUCAUGUGCGUUGAUGCCUCGAAGUCAUCCUCAAGCCCUGAUCUAAUUAGUGUUCCUCAAGGCUCAGUCCUAGGGCCGUUGCGCUUCCUGGUUUACACCAACGACUGUGCUGACGACCUGGGAUGCAGAAUCAUUAUGUUUGCUGACGACGCUAAAUUGUUGAGAAUCAUCAGAUUUGACGCAGUCAGGCACGGAAUUCAAAAGAGUCUUUAUCGACUUAGCAGCUUGGCAACUCGCUGCUUCCCAAAUUUUAAUAAACACAUAAAUCAGCAAUUUUACUUAGUACCCCUAUGGGUACUGUCAUUGAAAGCCAAAAUCAAUUUUGUGUGAAUUUUAGAACAAGUGGGUGGACACUGUACAGUGUUCAGUCCAUACUUAUUAAGUGGUCAGUCUGAUAUGAAAGCCGGUCACCGAAUAGCAAAAGACUUUUUUCGAACAGGAAAAACAGAUGUAAUCUAAUUAGAUUUGAAGGAGGAGAAAUUUAUCGCGAGUCGAAGAGGACCAGUGUGCAUGUGGUAGUACAUAAGGGUUCAAAGAGGAUAUCAUCAAGGUAAAAUUCCCAAAUCGGAUGAGGUUGCUCGCUGCAGAUGUGGUCAUAAUAUUCUGCGUCGAUAACGGAAACGAUCAUCAAGGUGGCGAGAGCAGAGAAACCCAAACGCGAUCAGUCACAGCCUGCCUAGAGUCCAGCCGAGAAGAGAACUUGAGGGGCUGCGGCGAUCAACAAAGCGUGGGGAGAUGCGACCGUGCCACUUCUUUAUUGGCCGACCAAACAACUAGCACGUGGCGAAAACAGAGAAGUCUGCAAUGAUCGUCAACAGAUCGACUGAGGUCGAGAUGAGGAGAUGACAUCGAAAAUAGCAAAAAUAAUUGCUGCAGGAGAGCAGUAAUAACAGUGGGCUAAGUAGCUGAUUGAAAACAGGGGUGAGUUUCCACUUGAAAAAAGCAAAACAUGUAUUAUCUACCAUUAAAUCCCAGGAAGACUCUUUUAAAAGACCAGAGUUGGGGUGUUCGGGAAUGACGUAAACAUUAGUGACUUUAUGCUUUCCGGUGUAAGGAUUAGCUUAAUUUCGAUUUGAAUGCCGAUUACUUAGGCGAUAAAUUAUGCUCAAGUGGAAAAUUAUUCCAAUGGAAGAAAUAUCUGGAUUCAAAAUGAAGGAACGUUUAGGUGUCGAGCAAGGAGGCGGCGGAAUAAACAUGAGAAAUUGCACGUGGCAUAAGACCGAUCUCUCGGAGCGAGAUUGUUAAUACGCGGUAGAUUAGGGCCAGUGCUAAUACGUAACAGUGAGCAAAGGCCAGCUUAGAGUCUUCUAAUCCAUGGAAACUUAAUGUUCGUCGAUUGAUACCUGCUGAUAAAGGAAAUACCGGAUCUAGCUUAAGAGAAGAGUUUUCGAGUAAAAACUCUGAAGUUUUUCGAUUUUAUUACGGCUACAUGCGUUCACUAAGUCAGAGGACGGACAGCAGUACCCGAUGAAGGAAAGAACAAACACUUUACAAAGUCUUAUCUUUAUUUCCGGAAGGAAAUUGUGUGUUAUAUGAACCGGAGAUUCUAUCUGUAUAAAGUGAUAAAAUAAGGUUAUUAGUACAAUUUAAACUGGUUCUUUUAUGGUGAAGCAUUCGGAGAGUGGAUUAUUUUAAAAACCCUAUGGGAUCAGAAAGCUUGGCAUGGCCAUGAAACUUGAAACUAAACUUAGACGAUGGGAAUUCCAUCUGUCAUGUUGAACUGCAUUUCCAUAAAUGUGUGGACUUGAGAAUCUGUGCCAGAAAGACUAUUAUGGAGAAUGGUUCCUUUUGAUGUCUCCUUGAUGGGUCAUCCCUUUAAAAUGUUAUGGAACAGAAAGACCCCGGCGCUCUACUGAUUUCCUCACUGAAACCGUCGUUACUGGACUGGCUAAACUUAAUCUAUUCCCUCUUAAUUAUAGACAACUGCGCGGUGAUCUUAUUCAAACCUACGGGAUUGUCGGAGGCCGUCAUUGUGACCUGGGCCUUUUCGAAUUGGCCGGGGCGGACCGUCAACGUAUUCAUCCCUUUAAACUGCAGAGGAAAUUAAUUCAUACAGACGUCCGACGGAACUCCUUCCCGCAAGGGUCGUCGGAGCAUGGAACGGACUAGCAGGCGUGGUAAUUCUUUUCUAAACUACUAAAUCGUUUAAACGUAAACGAGAGUCAUUUUUCGAGAACUUAAUUUACGUAUAAUCACGACUAUAUCAGUGACGGCAAUUUGUGCCUGGCUCACGUAUACCGAUAAUAUAACUUUUAAGUUUCCAGAAUCGUUAGUGUAACAAUUGAUUAAAUUGCCGUUUUUGGAUUUGAAUGGUAAGCUUAUGAGCGAAAUUCUCAUUCCUUUAAAAAGUUAUCUUAAACUGACUUAAGACGGUGGUCAUACAUCAACCGCCUCCCCAACGAUGCGUAGAAUGAGCUUUGCCUCCACGUCAGCAGUAUCAAACUGAAAACCGUAGACACCCUGGCCUACGGAAGCAGUACAUCAUCACGUAGCAUCAAAAUUGACGACAAAGUGACUCAGUAGAUCUCCAAAGCCAAUCAAGACUUUGGCCGACCGCAGAACUCCGUUUGUAAUCGUCACUGCCUCGGCCUCAACAUUAAACUCAAGAUGUAGAAAGUGGUCAUCUUGACGACUCUGGUCUAGCAUGCGGAAGCCGGGACAGUCUACGAAAAACAAGCAGGAAAACUCAACCACCCCCACCUCGGUUGUCUCCUGCGCCUACUGAAGCUGAGGUGGCAGUACAAGAUACAAGGAAAAGAUCUUCUCGAACGAACUAGAAUCCUCAUCAUUGAUGCCAUGGGGAGGCCACUAAAACAAUGAUGGAGCGGCCUCCUCGAGAUGAUGAAUCGUAGGCACUUACCAAAACAACGCUUCUCUGGAAAUGUCGCCACGGGAGCUCGUCGACAAGGAUGGCGAACAUGUUGUCAUAAGGAUGCCGUGAAGAAUCCCCCGAAGUGGUUACAGAUUGACUCGGAGACUUGGAAAGGCCUCGCACAGAAUCAACCGGCAUGGAGAAGUGCAGUGAAGACUGAGGUAGCAGUCUAUCAAGCCUAUCGGAGUGUUGCUACCAAAGUCAGAAGAGUAGCACGCAAGUCUUAGGCGCCCCUGACCUGCAAGCUUGGUCAAGUCCCUUCUAACUCAUCUGUGCCACUGGCGAGGAUUCCGCGUGCAGAUUGGGCGCACGGUUCAUCUCAGAACCCAGUGCAACAGCCGAAAAGCCUCGACCGUCUCCACCUCGAUCGUCCCUGCUCCAACUGCCACGGCAUCCGCGACGAGGAGCGCCCUCACUACUGAUGCUCAGAAUCUCGCUGCCCGUCGUUCCUUUUCUUCUUCUUCUUCUUCUUCUUCUUCUUCUUCUUCUUCUUCUUCACUAUCACCAUCUCUGUCAAAACCCCCGCGGCGACAAAGAUGACAGCCUCUCCCACUCCCGCCACCGGUCAGGACACUCUCAGUCCCCCAUUAACCACCAACCUCACCAUUACCACCCCAACUCAAGCAAUGUGAACACGAACCCAGCCUGUCCUCAUUGCAACCACAUAUUCCUCCACGUGUCGGCCUUAUAUGUCGGCUGCAAAUCUGUCGUCCAGAGACAGAUGCAUCAGUGACAGGAGGUCCCAAUACACUUGCUGAAUCCGACUUCACUGCCAACACUGUCCACGCAAGUUCGUUCAUCGAGUGAGCCUAUUCGGUCACACGCGCAUCCCCAUCAGCGAAAUUCCCCACAGUAUCAACACACUUUGAGCAUCCAUAAAUUAUCCCGUCACCAACCCAAUCAACUCUAAAUACAACGGCGCGGUUAACAUUGACAGCACCACGACAGCAACCGACUGAGAAUUCGCCAAACUAUCCUACCCACACUACCAUCGCACAUUCAGCUCCUGAUUCAGAAUGGUCAGUCUCUUACGGAUCCAUCGCACAGAGACUGGCGAACCAGCGCCUAGAGCACCAACAUAAACAAGACGUCAAUGACGCAAAUGCACGCCUUGUCUUCGAAAAUUCAGCCAUCGAAAGGACCUAUUGGGUUGAAUGCUCAUUCAUGCAAACCUGCGAUAAAUCGCUGCAGAUAUAAUCAAAUCAAUACACAUUACCCCAUUAGCACAUGCACCACAGAUAAGCCUCCCCAAAAUCCCACAUAACCAGCACUUCUUACGUAAGUGGAUAGUGUGCAUUUCAACUCAUUCCUCCAGGUGGCUCCUCUGCUGCGUGUGAGAUAUAAACAGUCUAACCCUUGCGUGAAAUAUCGGUGUGUGUGUGUGUUGUGUACUGCUAACGGGCAACGUGUUAAUUGCGCUGGACCAACACGGGGGCCAAAUCGGAAUCUGGCAGGCGUUAUCUCUGCGCAAUAACAAAUGCCGACAUCUGCGGGGUGCGCUGGCAGACCCUGUUGUCGGCAUUUGUCGCACAACUGGACCAGUGCCAUCACCCCAUUGUUGUGGCGGUAAAAAUGCUGGUCAUUUGUUGUGUGGUCCAGGGGCGUGGUGGAACGUCAAAGCGUGGAUGCGUCCUAUCCAUCCACCUGCGGUCUCUCUCGUCUCCGCAUUUCAUGACAUUGUCUUGACACCGGACUCAGGCAGGGGAGGAGGAGAGAGUGAAGGUAGAUGCUACGCAAGUCUACUGGCACUAGAAACCCCUGCGCAAGUCACCGUCCACGCUUCCACCGCUGCUGCAGCUGUGGGCACACGGUGGACAUCGUCGAAAUCGACGGUUGAACUGUCGUGUGUGUGUGUGUGUGUCGCGCCCAUUCCCCACUCCAGCCUGCUGAUCGGUUCGGAUAGUGGCUGGGGUCUGGGAGUGGGAAGGGAGAGUGAGGUCGACGACUGAGCGCACUUUCUCCUCACUAUAAACAAUCUGACGCGCUUGAAGCUAUCACGGUGCGCUAAAAGCCGUAGCUUGGAAGGUUGCCAACUGACGGGGUAACUUGGACCUCCUCCUUAACUGGCGGCGGUCUGAGAGUCAGGCUGCAAUGGUUCCUUUUUAAUGUGGCCUUUAUGGCACUCCCGCCGGAGUGUGGGAUCUGAGCAAGGCGUUGGCGGCAUGCCUAGGUGCGGCUUCAGUAGUGCCAGCCUCCAAAUCUCUGUUGUGUUGGUUGAAAUCAUGGUUAUUUGUUGUGUGGGUCAGGGGAUGUGGACUGGAGCGCCAAGUGAGAAUCCGUCCGAUCCAUCCACCUGCGGUUUCCCUCGUCUCCGCUCUUCUUGACUCGGUCUUGACACCGAACUCAGACCAGGGACGAGGAAAGAGUGCAUAUAGAUGCAGCGCAAGUCUGCUGGCACUGUAAACCCCCUGCGCAAGUCACCGUUCCUGCUUCCACCGCUGCUGCAGCUGUGGGCACACGGUGGACAUCGUCGAAAUCGACGGUCGAACUGUCGUGUGUGUGCGUGUGUGUGUGUGUGUGCGUGGGUUGUAGGGGUGAUGUAAAAGUGCCCAGUUUUGAGUUCACGUGAUGGUCGUUGUGCGUCGUUCACUGGCUUGCAGCUGUUGACUUUGCCUAGCAUCCAUGUACUGGCAGCAAGCUUUCACAGUUCGCUCCCCGAAACUAGGCUCUGCCUAGCGGCCGCACCCCGGCAACUGCCUCGACGGGCGGGCUAAACCAGGUGAGGCCAUCCGUGUGUACAUCUCCGCAUAUGGCAACUAGGCUCCGCCGGCCGGAUGGACCACCGACUCGGCAUCUCCGAGACGAUACUCCCUCUACAACACCACAGGAGGCCACAAGGUAAGUGAGUCCUCAGGUAAGCUGGAUUGAUCUGUUAGAUUGCUAUGUCUGCUUGCUCGUGUUUGUCCUUGUUGAGAGCUAAAUGCUGUUCUGUUGGAUUUAUUUGCACAUCGUUUAUAUUUCAGCAACCAGGCAACUCAGAGCGGGACGGAAAAUCUGUGCGUUCCGUCUCUCUACCCAUCCCUUAUCCCUCUCUCAAGUCCUACGGCGUUGUCGUAGGCAGGUCCAGGCUAACUCGGGUCAUUUUCUCACUAAACAAAAGUCGUGAUCCAUAGUGGAGUUCAGUAGCCGUCUGGGACAACUGAGCAGCCCUAUUUAGGGAGAGCACUGCCGACCCCCCCACAAGGGGGAAGGGGCUAGAAAAGGUGCCCUUUAGAAAUUCUGGAGACUCACUUCGUCUGCAGGCUGACCGUGGCCUCAGAUGCAAAUCCCACGGUCGAAAUAACAAAAACAGAAAAAACACUCCCUCUUUUCCCCCUCCUACUCCCCGCCGCCCCAAUCGCCAGACUGGUUGGGUGAGUCCGCUCACUCUGGGAGCCUAGAAUGUUCUUUCCAUUUUAGACAAUCUGAUGAGCAACCGACCGGAACGGAGGACAGCGCUAGUGGCUCGGGAACUGGCGCGCAACAACGUAGACAUCGUUGAACUCGGCGAGACCCGGUUCUCCGAGCAAGGCCAACUGGAGGAAGUGGGUGCUGGAUACACUUUCUUAUGGGGCGGUUGUCCCAGGGCAGAGCGACGGCUCGUGGGCGCCGCCUUUGCCAUCCGGAAUGAUAUCGUGGGACGACUGCCCUGUCUGCCACAGGGUACCAACAGUCGCCCGAUGAGCUUCCGCCAGCCUCUCUGGGAGGUACUUUCGACACCAUCGUCAGUGUUUACGCUCCUCCGAUGACCAGCCCCAACGAGACGAGGAACAAAUCCUAAGAGGACCUGCAUGCCCUCCUGGUGUCUCUGCUGAUGGCGGAUAAGUUGAUUGUCCUUGGUGAUUUCAACGCCUGUAUCAGCACAGACCAUGCUGCCUGGAGAGGAGUGCAGGGUUUCUAUAGUCUAGACGGCUUCAAUAAAAAUGGCCUGCUUCCCCUACGAACCUGCACAGAACGCCGGCUCACCCUAACCAACACCUUCUUCCGCUUUCCAAUGCGAGAGGAGGCCACCUAGAUGCAACCUCGGUCUCGAAACCGGCACCUGCUGGACUAUGUCAUCGUCCGGAGGCGAGACCAGCGGGACGUGCUGGUGACAAUGGCGAUCCCGGGUGCGGACGGGUGGACCGACCAUCGUCUCGUCAUCUCCUACAGCCCCGCAGGAGACCUUGAGGCAAGCGACCGACCAGGUAAGCUGAAUAUCUCUUUGUUGUCCGUGCCUGCUCAGCGGCUAGCCAGCCCUUCAGUCGCUGCCGCCGCUGAUGAGAACGCUUCCGUGGAGAACCGAUGGUGUCAAUUGUGGGACACAGUUCAGUAGACGACCCUGGCUGUCCUCGGUCGCGCAUGUCGACAACAUCAGGACUGAUUCCAUAACAACGACGCCGCCAUCAGCAACCUGCUUGCCUAGAAGAACUGCCUGUGCAAUAACAAAACAGCCUUCUACCGUAGUCGCCGCCUUGUGCAACAGCGACUACGCGAGAUGCAGGACGUCUGGGCGGCUCGCACUCCGAGAUGAUCUGAGGGUCGCGGACCGUAAUGAAUGGAAAAACUUCUUCUCCGCAAUCGAAGCUGUAUACGGUCUGCCAACUAAAGUAACUGUUCAUCAUCUCAGUGCCGACGGGCGUACCUAAUUACUAAGACGACGAAAAUUCUGAAGCGAUGGGCCGAGCAUUUCAAAGGCGUCGUCAACCGUCCCUCUAUCUCCGGCGCCGUCAUCUGCCGUCUGCCCCCAGUGAGACCAACGCUGACCUUGACCUCUCGCUCCCUCUCUCUCCACAAAACCAGUAGGACUGUGCCGCAGCUCUCCAGCGGGAAAGCGCCUGGGUCGGACGCGGCCCCUGCUAAGAUCUACAAGCACGGUGGCUCCCAACUAAUGGAUCACCCGACGGCGCUCUUUCAGGAGAUGUGGCGUCAAGGAGAAGUCCUUCAGAAUUUCAAGGACGUCAAACUCGUCCAUCUCUACAAGCGCAAGGGGAACCGCCAAAUCUGCGACAGCCAUCGAGGCACCCCCCUACUAAACAUCGCCGAGAAGACGUUAGCUCAUCCUUCUCAACCGCCUGGACCACCAUCUGGAACAAGGUCUCCUCCCGGAAAACCAGUGCGACUUCCACCGUUAUCGUAG